AUGAAGGACGGCAACAUUCUACACUGGCUGCGGCGAGAGCAACCCACGCGAAGUCAAACGAAGGCGAUGCCUACUUCCUCACAGACAGCUCCGAAUGGCCACGUCUCGAAGCCAAAGGCGGAGAAGAUCCCACUCGCUGCAAGAAUCACUCGAAGUGCAACUGCCGCACAGAAAGUACCAAUUGCUGCAAGAGUCACCCGAAGUACAACUACCGCGCAGAAAGUACCAAUCGCUGCAAGAGUCACCCGAAGUGCACCUACCGCACAGAAGAAGGCAGGCGGAAAUGCGGCGCCAUGUGGUCGAGGAAAGGACAAGAAACCAAGGAGGAGGCGGACGAAAGCGCAACUAAAAUACGAAAGACUUCAACGCGCGAGGAGCGAUGCUGGUGCUGCUGAAGCAGUAGAAUGCACCUACCCAGAGGAGAACGCCAACACACUGCCAUUACCAGUUGGGAUGGAUGCCUCAGGAGCGCGCCUUCCUGCGGAAGUAGCAUCGGAAAGCAGCAUCAACAACUCACCACCUGCUCUUUUCACCGCAUCACCACUCACCUCAGUGUCUCGCCCACAUCUACUCGAAACCAGACUUCAACAACAGUUCUUAGAAGAAGACAAGCAGCAGCAGACCAGAGAAGUAAGAAUACCCAAGCAACGGACUACGAUGACAAGCAAGAGAGCAGCCAAGAGGCAGCGCAAAGCCCGGAAGGCCCGCGAAGAAGCCCGUGAAGAAGCCCUCGUCUUCAUCAAGAGCGAGUCUAUCGAUGGUUCCCAAGACGCGCCGCGCAACUUCGCCUACGACACUUCAACCGGAUCCUCGUCAUACCAGUACUCAAGCUCUCCCGCGCGUCAGCCAUGGGCCGCGCCGAAGCGAAACAGCAUCAUCGACCUGAUCAGACUAUGCACCUACCCCGGCCAAACAAUCCACCCAAACUCCGUCAACCGACUCUUCAUCCUUCAGCGAGACAUCGACGCCGCUAUGGACGGCCAGGGUCGUCACGUAUGGAUUCUACGAAGGCUCCCACGCGACAUCACCUUGACGGUGGAACGAAAGGAAGCCAUCUGGCUGGCACAAGGGCAGAUCAACCGGGUCGUGGAUGAACGAGGACGCUCACGCAGACGGCUGAAGCUCGAUCGAUACGUGCCAGCCGAUCGCUGGGUCACAAUCGAUCGCUAUAUUCCCGGCAUGCCGUACCCUCUCCCUCUGCGCCGCCACGCCAUGCCGCGCAUGAGGGUAUUUUCGAGAUCAUAUGCGUAG